AGCAGGGCAGGAAAACGUAAACACGGUCAAAUGGAGCACGAGGUGGCCGUUUCUGGAGAGGAUUCAUUGCCAGAACAGAUCAAAUGCAUUCCGCCACUUAAACCCUCGGCCAACACCGCCAUAAAGUGUCUGAAAUGCGACAAAGUGUACAUAUUUCCCGUUGAUAAAGAUGACUGUUUGGCGCACUUGUAUCUGGAGCACCGACUGGUUAUAGCCGAUGUGGAGGAUAUCGCGCUUCUUGAAGACUACCUGCAAUACUGGGAAAAGGAGUUUCAGGCACACGAAUUUGAGCAAUAUUGCACCACUAUGUUUCUUGACCAACUCCCUGAUGGCAAAUAUGCCAAGAACGAAAAAUACUAUCUCUUAUGUGAUAUCCUGCCUCAGGACUACGAACUGCGACAAAGGUUAAAGGAGAAGCGGCUUAAUGAAGCUCUCGAGCGUCACCAGUUCGAGCUUACAGACAGAAAUUUCUCCAAGGAAUGCCUUUUCUGCAGAACCAUCAUCAAGGGGUUGAGGGCAGACUACUUGGACCACCUGUUCGAUAAGCAUUUUCUGCUGGUGGGCAAGCCCGAGAAGCUGGUGUACGUGGACGAGCUGCUGGAUCAUCUCGAAGAAAAUCUAAACCGCCUGUUGUGUCUUUACUGCGAGAAGAUCUUUAAGGAUCGGCCGACGCUCAAGGAGCAUAUGCGAAAAAAGGGUCACAAGCGAAUCAAUCCGAAUAGAAGGGAGUAUGACAAGUACUUCCUCAUCAACUAUAAUCGUGUACCGACUGCGCCUACGUCUCGCAAACAGCACUACCAAAACCGAAAACGGGACCAAGCUUCCGUGUCCACAGUCGCGGAUCUCGAAACUGGCAGCGUGGACUUUGACAAGCAUUUCGCCCGCAACGAUUCAGAUGAAGAACACGAUUCGGAUUGGUCCGAUUGGGCGGCAGAUGGGGAACCAAGUGGCAUUAAGUGCCUGUAUUGCCAACAUCUCGGAGAGACUUUUACCGCCCUCAAAGAUCACAUGAACGAAGCUCAUUGUUUGGAUUUCGACAAGGCCACCAGCUCCUUGAACUUUUAUCAAAAGGUCAAGGUGGUCAACUAUUUGCGUCGGCAGGUGUGCAUGCUGCGCUGCGUGACCUGUGACCUGCAGUUCGACGAUCAGGAGUUGUUACUGGACCACAUGACCCAGGAAUCGCAUUGUGGCAUUGGCAGCAAAGUAAGCUGGGACAAACCAGAGUUCUUUUUCCCGUACAUAGAGAAUGAUGGACUGCUGUGCGUGCUGGAUGAUUCUGGAGGCGAUGAUCCGGAUACAGAUGUGGUGCGCAUAAUCUCGGAAGACAGUCUAGCGCAGAUCAACAAGGAUGCGGAGCGACUGUCUCUCGAGAACUUUAAACUGUAAAGUGUUCAAUCGAUUUGGUUAACAAGUAGCAGAUAAAAAACAAAAACUUAAGGGUGGCUCUUAAAAGAUUGAAAACCUGUUCAAGAUUUAUUAAAUCCGUGGUUUCAAAGUGUUUUUAAACAUCUGUCACCUAGCUGCAAGAUAACCCAGUAUGAAAUUUAUAGGUUUCUUUUGUCAAAUUUUCCGUAAUGGUUUUUAAGAUCAUUGUCUUUAUUGUGUUUUUUCUGUUUGAUCUAUUACACAAUGUUCAAAUUAAUUCAAUAAAAGUUAUUUGGAGGGAUGAUAAGAAGAAAUAUUUUUAAGCAGAUAUGUAAAUGCAGAAACAUAAAUUACAGUUAAUUUAAAUACAUUUCUACAUUCAACUUCAA